GAGAGUUUUCGCACGUGGAUCGUAGUUUCGCAUCGGUCACAGGCGUGAUGGAGACAGCUCCCAAGCCGGGCAGGGGUGUCCCACCCAAGGAAGACAAACCCCAGGCCAAGAGGAAGAAACCGCGGCGAUACUGGGAGGAGGAGACCACUCCCGCCUCUCCGGGGCCGCUUCGGAAGAAGGCCAGGACUCGGGAGCCGCGACCCCCGAGGUCACAGAGCGUGCACAGCGCCAAGAAGUCUCGGUUCUACCAGAAGCCCCAGACCCCGAAGAGCGCCACAGACCGGAAGAAGAAGCCGCCGCGGACCCUGUCUGGGGCCCAGGACCCGUUCCCAGGACCCGCCCCCGCGCCCGUGGAGGGGGCCCAGAAGUUCUGUCGUAUUGACAAGUCCAAAGCGCUCCCACAUUCGAAGCCUAAAACCCGGAGCAAACUUGAGGCGGCUGAAGCACAGGAGGAAGAGGCGAGCGUCAGAGCUGCCCGCGCUGAGCUGCUGCUUACUGAGGAACCUGGGUUCCUGGAGGGAGAAGAUGGGGAAGACACAGCAAAAAUACUGCAGACAGACAUCGUGGAGGCUGUGGACAUUGCAAGUGCUGCCAAGCACUUUGACCUGAAUCUGAGGCAGUUUGGACCCUAUAGACUGAACUACUCUCGAACAGGGAGACACCUGGCAUUAGGGGGUCGUCGGGGUCACGUGGCCGCCCUUGACUGGGUGACGAAGAAGCUCAUGUGUGAGAUCAACGUCAUGGAAGCAGUGCAGGAUGUCCACUUCCUCCAUUCUGAGGCUCUGCUCGCUGUGGCUCAGAGCCGCUGGCUUUAUAUCUACGACAACCAGGGUAUUGAGCUCCAUUGCAUCCGCCGCUGUGACCGAGUAACUCGGCUCCAAUUCCUCCCAUUCCACUUCCUCCUGGCCACCUGUUCAGAGACAGGGUUUCUGACCUACCUGGAUGUAUCAGUGGGAAAGAUUGUGACAGCUCUCAAUGCCCGGGCUGGACGGCUCAGCAUCAUGGCACAGAACCCGUAUAAUGCUGUCAUCCACCUUGGACACAGUAACGGCACUGUGUCUUUGUGGAGUCCAGCUGUGAAGGAGCCACUGGCAAAAAUUCUGUGUCACCGUGGUGCGGUGCGGGCUGUGGCAGUGGAUUCUACAGGCACAUACAUGGCCACUUCUGGCCUGGACCACCAGCUGAAAAUCUUUGACUUGCGAGGGACAUUUCAACCCCUGAGUGCCCGGACCCUCCCCCAGGGAGCAGGACAUCUGGCCUUUUCCCAGCGGGGACUAUUAGUUGCAGGAAUGGGUGAUGUGGUCAACAUAUGGGCAGGGCAGGGCAAGGCCAGCUCACCCUCUCUGGAACAGCCCUACCUCACCCACCGACUCUCAGGCCAAGUGCAUGGACUCCAGUUCUGCCCCUUUGAAGACGUGUUGGGGGUGGGGCACAGUGGAGGUGUCACCAGCAUGCUGGUCCCUGGGUCCGCUGAGCCCAACUUUGAUGGUUUAGAGAAUAACCCAUAUAGGAGCCGGAAGCAGCGCCAGGAAUGGGAGGUGAAGGCCCUGUUGGAAAAGGUACCUGCAGAGCUCAUUUGUUUGGACCCCCGAGCUCUGGCAGAGGUAGAUGUGGUGUCUCUAGAGCAGCAGAAGAAGGAGCGGAUAGAGAGACUGGGCUAUGACCCUGAUGCCAAGACUGCCUUUCAACCCAAGGCAAAGCAGAAGGGCCGAAGCUCCACAGCCAGCCUGGUGAAGAGGAAGGGGAAGGUCAUGGACCAGGAACACAGGGACAAAGUCAGGCAGAGCCUUGAGCAGCAGCAGCAGCAGCAGCAGCAGCAAGAGACUGCCAAGCCCACUGGAGCCCGCCCAUCUGCACUGGAUAGAUUUGUAAGAUGAGCCAGAGACAGCAGUCGCCAAUAUGGCCCAUAGGGAUCAGAUGGGCAAAGGUGCCAAACCUGAGUUCAAUUCCCAGAAGACACAUGCCAGAAGAGAACCAGUCACACAAGUUGUCUUUCAGCUUUCUGUGGACAUGUGGACCAGUGCAUAUUCAUUCAGGGUGCCAUGCAGUGCAUACAACACACACACACACACACACACAC